GAACCAAAUCACCUAAAUUAGGGUUUCUGCAAACUCAUUAUUCAGUGUAGUUGCUUUGAUUCCAUUGGUGAAAAAGAUGGAAACUGAAGAAGUAGAAGAUGUAAUUAAAUCUAAAAACAAAAAAAUCCCUAAAGUGGUGAUAAUAAUGGGAGCUACUGGUGCUGGAAAAUCUCGUUUAGCUAUUGAUCUUGCUUCUCAUUUCCCAAUCGAAAUCAUCAAUGCUGAUUCCAUGCAGGUUUACAAUGGUUUGGAUAUCCUAACCAACAAAGUCACGCUCCAAGAACAGAAAGGAAUUCCUCAUCAUCUAUUGGGAAAUGUAAGCCCUAAUGUUGAAUUCACGUCUAAGGAUUUUCGUGACGCUGCAAUUCCAAUUAUAGAUGAGAUUUUGUCGAGGAAUCACUUGCCUGUUGUUGUUGGUGGUACAAAUUUCUAUAUUCAGGCUUUGGUGAGUCCGUUCCUUCUCAAUAAUUCAAUGGAAGAUAUGGACGAUGGCUGUUUUAGUUCCUUGCCUGCCGAUAAGCAAUCAGAUUGUAAGUAUGAGUUGGGAAAUGAUGGGUCUACAAAUAACUAUAAUCUUCUUAAAGAGCUCGAUCCAGAUGCUGCCAACAGGAUUCAUCCAAAUGAUUAUAGAAAAGUUAAUCAGUACCUUAGUUUGUAUGAGCGAUCGGGUGUCCUCCCUAGCAAACUUUUUCAAGCAAAGGGUGCAGAGAACUGGGGUCGAGUUGAUAAUUCCAGAUAUGAUUGUUGUUUUAUAUGUGUGGAUGUUUCUCUUCCAGUUUUGGACAAAUACGUCGAACAACGAGUAGAUUGCAUGAUUGAUGCUGGCUUACUAGAUGAAGUCUAUGAUAUUUACAACGCAAAUGCGGAUCAUACUCGUGGCAUAUGCCAAGCUAUAGGUGUCAGGGAAUUCAAGGAUUUUUUAAGUUUUUACUGCUCCAACACAAAGAUUUCAGAUAACAAUGUGGGAGAUCAAUAUCGUGACUCUUAUGCUGAAGCUAUCCUACCACCGGAAACAAACUUGGAUAAUGAGGUUUCAAAAGAAAGCUUGAAGGCAAGUUUGAAUUCUGACAAUAGCCAGCACAAAAUGUUGAUAGAUGAAGCUAUUGACAAACUAAAGACAAAUACCAAAAGACUUGUUCGGCGUCAGAAAAGGAGGCUUAACAGGUUGCAAACAGUUUUUGGAUGGGACCUGCAUUAUGUAGAUGCAACUGAAGCUUUCCUUGGUGACUUUGAUGAGGCAUGGCCAAGGCAGGUGGUUGAACCGUCUGUCAACAUUAUCAAGUCAUUCUUGCUCGAGGAGUCGAGCUCUAUUCCCAACUCAGAAAAGCUCGACCCAGUGCAGAUUCAGAUGAAGGAUGCGAGGGAUUUGUGGACUCAAUUUAUUUGUGAGGCUUGUGGCAAUCGGAUCCUUCGUGGGGCACAUGAGUGGGAACAACAUAAAUUGGGUCGUGGGCAUAAAAAGCGUAUGCUUCAUCUUAAGAAGAAACAUCAGAAUUUGUAUUUCAUUCAACUGCAAAAACAGUCAACAGCAUCAAUAGCAGAGGAAACAUCAACACCAUGAGAAGCAGUCGCAGCUUUGGAAGCCAUCAAACGGGCAAAAACAAAAGGAGUUCUUAAUCUUCAUCUUGAAGGGGAUCAGGGCCGUUCCUGAACUUUUUUUGCCCCGAAGCAAAAUUUUUUUUUUAUGCCCAUGUACACAACUGUAAUAAUAAAAGAUAAUUAUAAAAUUGUAA